AUGGAGUCCCAAAACCAAUCUGCGUCAACGCACCCGUCACAUAACCGGCCGACGCCAGUCUAUGAUCCCACACAAGGCGGACACUAUGCAAUGCAGCUUGCCUCGCAAGGCUUUGCGCCGGCGGAACUCUACACCGGACCCUGGGCCAACGUUCAUCAGGGACUCACGGGCCAGUACAAGGACAUCUUGACCACCUACUGGCAGCAAACAAUCAGCCACCUGGAAAGCGACACGCACGACUACAAGAUCCAUCAGCUCCCCCUGGCCCGUAUCAAGAAGGUCAUGAAGGCCGACCCGGAAGUCAAGAUGAUCUCCGCCGAAGCGCCGAUCCUGUUCGCCAAGGGCUGCGACAUCUUCAUCACGGAGCUCACCAUGCGGGCUUGGAUCCAUGCUGAGGAGAACAAGAGGCGCACGCUGCAGCGCUCCGACAUUGCCUCUGCGCUCGCAAAGUCCGACAUGUUUGAUUUCUUAAUCGACAUUGUCCCUCGCGAGGAGGCUACAGCACAUGCUAAAAGAACCACCACACAGCCGUCCGCCGCGCAGUCCGUUCCCGGGGCAGGCCAGGCGCCCAUGCCGGGGCAGCACGCUGGCAUGGCUCAGGCGGCCGGCCAUCCGUCGUCCCACCCCAUGGCCUCUGCCGACUACAUGGGCGGGCAUGCGCUUCCGUCUGAGCAGGACUACAGGCAGGCCCCCAACAUGUAUGCCAAUCAGGUCCCCCAAGCCCCUUCCGCCGCCUAUGGACAACCGCCGCCACCGGGGCUUUCAUAUGGUGAGAUGCCGGACAUGUACCAGUAUUCAGCAAUGCAACCACAGCAGGUAGGGAGUCUCCGUUUCCGCCGCAGCCCUUCAAUGCCUUGCUAA